AUGCCUCUGGCCGACCUAAUAGCGCCUGCUCUUUCUACUGCUCAGGAUGAGGAGACUUUUAGCUAUGCGAAAGUUGACGUUGCCGAGAAGAAACGGUUGCAUCUAAAUCUCCAGCCUGAUGAGGAUUAUCUAGGCAAGAUCUAUGAGUACUACAAUUUAAACGAAGUGGCUGAAUUCCUCAGGCAGAAAGAUGAAGCAGGAGUAUCUCCGAGGUACAAGAGAGUGACUCUUCAGUUUCCUGAUUCCCUCGUAUGUGAUGCUGCUGCAGUCACCCAGCAGUUGCAGAGGGUCCUAGGUCUCACAGUUGCAACCGAUGAGUCCGCGACAAACUGUGACAAAGGUUGUCAGGUUAGCUGUUGCAAGACGAACACUGAUAAAGAAAGCAAUAAGGAAAAAGAAAAAGAAAACGACACCAUCUUUAAUAGUCCUCAAACGCUCUGGGUUCUAGCGGACACUUCUUACUCUUCUUGCUGUGUAGACGAAGUGGCAGCUGAGCAUGUCAAGGCUGAUCUUCUUAUCCACUUUGGUGACGCCUGCCUCAAUGCUGUUUCCAAACUCCCCUGUGCAUACGUUUUUGGGAAACCUCUUGUGGAUAUACACAAGCUAGUUGACCAAUUCAAGGGCCGGUACCCAGAGAAAGAUGCUAAAGUUGUGCUCAUGGGAGAUGCUCCACACACGUAUAUCUUACAUCAUUUGAAGGAAUCUCUUCUGGAGUAUACAAAUUUGGUGAUUGGUGAUGUUGAGGCGCUUGCAGCCCCCAUUCUCGGGUACAAACCAAUGCCAGCCAGAGCAACGAGCCUCAGAGCGCUUAACCGAGUUUAUCAUGGUCUAGACGAAGACGAUCUGGCGUUGGCUAACUAUGAUUUGUUUCAUAUUACAGCACCAGAGACGCCUCGGUUGCUCCAGCUCACUACAAAGUUUCUGCUGGUGACUCUUUUCGAUCCGCUAGACAACAGCGUCUCUCAAGGUCCGUAUCCGAACUUGAUGCGUCGUUACAGAUACAUGCAUAUGGCGAGAGCGGCAGGUACCAUCGGCAUCUUGGUGAACACGCUUUCGCUCAGCAACACGCGAGAAGUGAUCAACGGAAUCGCCAAAAAAAUUAAAGAGGCAGGCAAAAAGCACUACAUUUUCGUUGUGGGCAAACCCAACGUGGCUAAGUUGGCGAACUUCGAGGCUAUCGACCUUUGGUGCGUUCUCGGAUGCGACCACCAGGGCAUUAUUGUCGAUCAGAACAAUGAGUACUUCAAGGCAAUCGUUACUCCAUACGAGUUAUUGUUGGCCCUCAGUGACGAAUUGUCGUGGACAGGCCAGUGGGUGACCGAUUUCAAAAGCAUCUUGAGUGAGAUUGGCAAUGAGCUGGAUGAUGAACAAGACGAAGCCAAGAAGGAGUUUAAAGAAGUAGUCGACGGCUCUGAUUCCGACGAAGACGCACCCAUGUUUGAUCCAGUGACAGGCAAAUUCACCAGUAACGCCAAACCGCUCAGGCGACUCCAGCACCUCCAGAUCACGCAAGAAGCAGAUCCUGAAUCGCAACUACCAGACUCCACAGCCCUUGUUCAGAAACUUUCUCUGGCCAUAGCCCUCCGCAACACUGUCUCGACCUCAGCAGCGCAUCUUCAAAAUCGAGCAUGGACUGGGUUGGGCAGUGAUUUCAGGAACCAAGAAGACGAUAGCGAAAGUGACUUCGACGAAAGCGGUGCUGCUGUUGAAGAGGGUGCCCUGGGAAUCGCGAGGGGCUACGAUUAUGAUAGAACAAACAAGAGCCAGGGAUCCUCUUUUGGUGCUUGA